AAAUCAGGAUCAUUAUUCGACAAUGUCUUGAUCUGUGAUGACCCAGACUAUGCCAAGAAGUUGGCAGAUGAAACAUGGGGCAAGCUCAAGGAUGCACGUGUUCUAAAAAAUGCCCAUCUCCAUCAACACAACUGUUUGUUUCUCUGGUUACUGAUAAGAAUAGCCAAUCUAAUCUCGUAACUAAAUGCAGGCGGAGAAAGCAGCUUUCGAUGAGAUUGAGAAGAAGAAAGAAGAAGAGGAAUCCAAGGACGCUCCUGCGGAAACUGAUGGAAACUACAAUCAAAAGUCUCACUCUUUCAAUAACAUGAAACAAAGAUCCAUCACUAACGAACCAAAAUCAAAUGAUCCAAACCAAACUCAGAGAUUCAGAUCAAGCGACUUACUCGUUUCUCAACGGCGGCAGCGCUCUGGAGAGCGUCGAGACCAGCUCCUCCGAGAGGCUGCUGCUGCUGCUGCUGCUGGAUCAUCAUCCCUUCUCGGCGUUUCUUGAGGAGACUGUCCUCGCGCUUGUUUUUUCUGAUCUCGACGAGGUUGUCCUCUCUCCUCCGCCUCGCUUCAUCGGCAUCGACACCUGUCUUGUAUAUCUUCUUCCUCAGCUCUGCGCGUGUGCUCGGCCUCAGCGACAUCUUCUUUAGUCUCUCUGCUUUGUUUUGGAUCUUCUCUUCUUUUUGGUGGAACUGAAUUUGGAGAAGGAGACCGUGGAAGAGGAGUUGUCUGUUGCUGUCGGGUCGGAUCCGGGUUGGGUUUUGUGUCGGAAUUUUUGAUUAGUUGUCCGAGCCACUUGGAAAUCCUUCCUUCUGACCAAGAGUAUCCUAAUGGGCCACACAUGAAAAAGCCCACAGGCUUUAGCACGAACAUCAUUGUAAGUGGAUUGUAAGUCAAUACUACCUCCUACAAAGCACCGUCGUUUCAGCUCAAAUGGAGAUUUCGGUUUAACUGGUUCGAAUAUUUGACUCCAGAAUCUAGUCCGGUUUAGUUUCACAAUUCAUAGUCUUGGUGUGAGGCUGAUGCAGGAAGGAAGAAUGAGAGGACAAGCUUCUCUGUCAUUUCCAUCAGUUGAAGUCGCACAUCGUGCUCUGGUUAUAAUCCUUAACACCCUCUUGUCUCUGUGUAAAUAUCUGUCAGCCUGACAACUAUAGUACUAUACCAUUGAUAAGCAUACUGUGCUUGAAGAUAAGACAGAAAAUCUUGUAAAUGGUUUUGUGUUCAAAGGAAAACCAAUUAUAAUCCAGUUUGGUAGGAAUCCUUGAAAGCCUAAUGGAUGAUGGUGUGAUAUACAAAUACAAACAGGGGUGAACAAAAAAAAAUACAAAUACAAACAGGGUUUUUUUAUUCUUUGGUAAAAUUAGAGGAUUUAACUGCAAAUCCUCUCUUUCUUAGGACCAUUAUGUAAUUAAUGAGUAAUAAGAUACAAAUGUUGUUGAGUAAGCAGAAAAAAAAAAGACAGAAUCUCUGGACAGUUAUGUUCUUGUUUGCUUCAUGUAGACCCAUCGCUUGUCUCUCUUACAUCAUCAUCAAGCGUUCUUACACCAACAACAUCUCGAUUCAACACCUUUGCUCUCUUCUGGACAAGAACGCAUCGAAUCCUAGAAUCAUCCACCAGCUCCACUCUCACUUCACCACUACUGGACUUCUUCUUCUUCCUCAAGAACAAGACUCUAAGAAACUUCUCCUAUUCAAUUCUCUGCUUCGAUGCUAUUCCCUUGGCGAAACACCUCUUCGUGCUUACUUACUCUACCACCAACUCCAACAGCUUCACUUCCUGUCUGAUCACGACUGCAGACUGCCUCCUUUCGAUAGUUUCACUUACCUCUUUCUCAUCAAAGCUACUUCGGAUCCACUACAGGGGAUUGGAUUACAUGGGUUGACGCUAAAACUGGGUUUCGAGUUUCAUGUCUACGUUCAGACAGCUUUGGUCGGUAUGUAUAUAGCUGCUGGAAACAGAGUUGAUGCUUACAAAGUGUUCGACGAAAUGCCUGAUAGAAGUCAUGUAACUUGGAAUGUGUUGAUCACUGGCCUGACUAAUCUGGGAGAGUUCGAGAAAGCUCUUUGCUUGUUGGAGAAUAUGCCGAAUCGAACUGUAGUGUCGUGGACCACUCUCAUCGAUGGCUAUGCACGAGUGAAUAAACCCAAGGAAGCUAUACUCCUGUUCUGGAGAAUGGUUGCUUGCGACGCAAUCAAGCCAAACGAGAUCACAAUUCUCGCGAUUCUUCCAGCUGUUUGGAGCUUUGGAGAUCUAAGAAUGUGCGGAUCGGUCCAUGGUUACGCUGUGAAAACAGGGUUUGUUCCAUGUGACAUCCGUGUGACGAACUCUCUCAUCGACGCUUAUGCAAAGUGUGGGUGUAUCCAGAGCUCGUUGAAGUUUUUCACGGAGGUUCCGAACGAAAGAAAGAAUCUGGUCUCGUGGACAACGAUGAUCUCUGCGUUUGCAUUGCACGGGAUGGGCAGAGAAGCUGUUAGUAUGUUUAAAGACAUGGAGAGAUUGGGUCUGAAACCGAACAGAGUGACCAUGAUAAGUGUUCUAAACGCUUGUAGCCAAGGAGGGUUAGCGGAAGAAGAGUUUCUAGAGUUUUUCACCGAGAUGGUAAGCAAGUAUAUGAUCACGCCGGAUGUGAAACACUACGGAUGUCUAGUAGAUAUGCUGAGAAGAAAAGGAAGAUUAGAAGAAGCGGAGAGGAUCGCUUUGGAGAUUCCAUCCGACCAAAAAGCUGUGGUCUGGAGAAUGCUGCUUGGAGCUUGUAGCGUUUAUGAUGAUCCUGAGAUGGCGGAGAGGGUUACUAAGAAGCUGAUGGAGUUGGAGAGAAGCCAUGGAGGUGACUAUGUGCUUAUGUCUAACAUCUUUUGUGGUACUGGAAGAUUCACUGAUGCUCAGAGGUUCCGGAAACUGAUGGAUGUUAGAGGUGUAGCUAAACUUCCAGGACAUUCACAGUUGACAUAGAACUUAUAAGAGUCUUGUAAUUGUCAAGAGUCCAACGCAAAGAUAUAAGCCCAAAGCUCCUCGGCCCAUGCUUUCAGUAUUUUUUUAAGAUGAAAAAGUCCAACGGUGGUGAUCACGUUUCAACCCAACAAACCGAGCGGUGUUUUUACGAAAAUGCCCGAGAGAUCUGCCUCUCUUCUUUCCUCUUUUGUUUACUCCCCACGUGAAAAGCACACUUCUUUUUGUUAAAAUAACCGACCGCUAAUAUUUACCCACGUGCUACCUCUCCGUCGCCGU